AGGUUGGUGCUCAGUCUGACAGCAAGCAACCUCGUGCUGGCCGUCGUGGUGCUGCCGGGUCUCGUGGCCUCCGUGGUGAUGGGGCCCUCGGAACACCCCCUCCUGAAGGUGCUCCCGUCGCCCCUCUCCCACAGCAGGAACGGGACCGUCUCCCUCACGCCCUCCCCUUCGCCGGCGCCUACGGGACUCGGCUUCCUGGGGCGCGAGGGCGUCGGGUGGGACGGCGACGUCGUCCGGAGCUUCGGCAGGAGCUGGGACGCCAAAGGGGGUCCUGCGGGCGUGGUCUUCGGGGAGGUCGUCGAAGGAGGGCGUGGAGGGGACGCGAGGGCGGAGGAGGAGGAGGAGGAGGAGGAGGAGGAGGCGAUGGAGAUGGAGGUGAGGCAAGUGGAGGAGGACGAUGAAAGAGGGAAGGAAGAGGACGGAGAAGGAGAGGAGGAAAAGGAAAUGGAGAUUAAUCAAAGAGAGACGAAGGGAGAGCAGGAAGGCGACCGUGACCAGGUCGCCUUGACCCUCGGAGUAAACAAAAUGGAGGCCAGUAAACAACAGAGCGGACACGCGCGCAAGGCCUCAGAACAAGGAAGAGAGAUAACGAGAAUAAAGGCCAGUGCAAGAAUACGAGGAAAACCUGUAAAUAUUAAAUUAUCAAUAAAUUAUGUAGGAGCUCUAGAGAGACAAAGUGAAAACACUCCAGAGCGACAACAAGUGACACAAAGUGAUACAAUAGAACAGAAAACGGAAAAAGAGAAAACGGAAGAACAGAAAACGCAAGAACAGAAAACGGGAAAUCAGAACAUGCACUCAGACAAUUUACACAUGGAGGAAAAAGACAUGGAAAUAGACAUAGAACAAGAAGUGGAGGAGGAGGAAAACGAAGCGCAGACAGUGGACGAAACGGAAUUAGACAAUAAACAAAGGAAAAUGGCCCAACAGAGACUAGAAGAGAGCGAAGAAAAGUGGGAAGGAGCAGAAGUGUUGUGUCAAAGUGCCGCCUUUCUAACCAACCUCGUGACAGCGGCUUCGGCACUCACCGUCGCUGUCAUAGCUCUUGACAGGUACCUAGCUAUAGUACGGCCGAUGGUCUACGGCAUCAUGGUAACAGGUCACCGCUGUCUGUUGAUGCUCGCUUGGUGCUGGGUGCAAGCCCUUCUCACGGCGCUUCCUCCUCUCUUUGGUUGGUCUAGGUACGAGCGCCAGGGCCCAGAGGGACGAUGUGGAGUACAAUGGGCUCGUUCCCCUUCGUAUACAGCUGUUUGGGUCACCAGCGUAUUCGUCGUACCAGUGAUCGUUAUGCUUGUGUGUUAUUACUUCAUCCUUCAGGUCGCGCGAAACAAGUGCCGGCGCAUCCACGUGGGCACGAUGAUCGGUGCCGCCGCCGCCGCCACCUCCCCCCCUGUGACCCCUGACCCCUCCUCCGUGUGCCUCGAGGUCCCCCACCUGGCGGAGGUCAAGCGCCCUUCCUCCUACGAGAACAACGGCGUGGCGGGAGGUCCCAGGGGCUUGGGUGACCUCUUGGACGCUCCUGGGCGAGGGGCAGGAGGAGGAGGAGGGGUGGGGAGAGGAGGAGGGGGAGGAGGGGUAGGAGUGGGGGUCCCCUGCAGGAGUCUGAGCGUGAGCGUUGUCACAAGAUCGCCAACGACACCAACCCUUCCUCUACGGCGCCGAAACGCAAACUGGGCGACUGUGGCAGGUCCCUCUCCUUUUGUCAGCCCCAACAGCCCGUGAAGCCGGUUCUGCGUCGAGUCCAGAGCACUCUCGCCAUGAGGCCGUCUUUUAGGAAGAAGUUCAGCCUCGGCAGAAGGAAGCCGUCGUGGAGCUGGGAAGCCUCGCCUGCUAAGGGC